AUGAGCGACUUGAAACAGAGGUUAGCGCGACUGGGACUGUCCCAAUACCUCGAUGCAUUUACCGCCGAAGGCUUCGACACAUGGGAGACUGUGCUUGACAUUACCGAGUCAGACCUGAGCCUCCUCAACGUCAAGCUUGGGCAUAGAAGGAAACUCCAGAGGGCCAUUGCCGAAACCCGAGGACAGACCUCCGAUCGGCCACUCCCCAUAUCCCUUGGAAGAGCUGGAAGUGCCGAAGCCUCCUAUCGAAGCGGUGACGAAUCUGCUACCGAGACCAAUCGCAAACAGGGCGAGACAAAUACAAAUGGUGCAGGAGUCAAGGGUACGGCCACCAAGCGAAAGUAUCGUCGACAUCCAAAACCUGACGAACAUGCACCGGAGCGGCCCCCUUCUGCAUAUGUCAUUUUCUCGAAUCAACUGUCCUUCACUGAAAUCGCCAAGGUUGUCGGCGAAAGAUGGCAGGUCUUGCCUACUGAAGAGCGGGAAACCUGCGAACGACAAGCCAAUACUGCAAAGGAAAAGUACUACGCGGAAUUGGCUGAUUACAAGAAAACGCCGCAGUACGAAGCUUACCAGAAAUAUUUGGAAGAUUUCAAGGCGAAGCAUGCCGUGCCUACCAAGGGUCCGUAUAACCACUCCAUGUCUCUUUCCAUUACUGAAUUGACCGGGCUAGAAGGUAAACGUUCGAAGCUUGAAACCGAGACCAGCACAUCAACGCGAAGCAGUAGCCACGAUCAACAUGAACGUGCUUCGAAUAGAAGGCUCAGUUCAGUCCAACCGGAUCCUUCUGCAAUAGGGAUCCAUGGAAAUGGAGCUAGUCCGCCAACUGUUCCUGGCCGGUUACCACCAGGGUCCACAUUCCUAUCGAAACCUACAUCACCGGCCUCACAUGCAACCUUGAACUCUCCUAGGACGAUCGACCACUACUCGCCUAUAUCUGCAUCUCCCCGAUCUUCUCUUUUCGACAUAUCAUCCGCCAUCCCACCACGUGAUUCACGAGGCCCGCCAGAUGCGAAUUACCCAUAUCUUCCAUCUGCCUACUCUCACCCUCCUAUGCAACAACCUGCAUCCACGACCCCACCUUCACAUCCAUCGACCACUCGCUACCAAGCUCCAGUAGAUUUGCCGUCAAGACGAUCUAUGCGCGAGCCUACACGACUCCCACCGCUUUCUCGUGAAGAUACCACGUGGUCUUCGGAAAGCGGCCAUAGCGGAAGUGGAUACAGCAUCACCCCUUCCUUAUUUCCUGGAUCUGUACUUCCAUUGGAUCCUCAAAAGACGAUGCGAAUGUUACCACAGCCUGUACCCAGUAUCGGACCAUCAGCAUCAUUGGAUCGGCCGCCACCUGCCCAACUUGCACAGCUCUCAGGACACCCAUCGGAUUACCGCACGCAGGGGUCCCUUGCCGCACUCGUCAGAGCUGGGGAACUGGCAGCUAGGGUUGCAGAUGAAGAGGCAAUGGACGUAGAGGGCUCCUCGAUAUCUCCCUGA